AUGAAUGCACCAAUGGAGUCCCUUAUAUAUUCUAGGAUACCAUAUUGUUCAUUAUGUGGUGAGAAAUUCAAUUCAACCAUUCGUUUUCGCUCAGUCGUUUUCGUGAACCAACACCAAGGACCUAUCUUGACGGAGUCAUUAAACUUCCAAUGGAGGAAUAGUGCGAUUGUUUUACCAAAACUGAACAUUCAAAUACUUGAUUCUAACAAUAAUUGUAGGACAUCUAUGCUUGCGCUCUCGAUUCAUAACCUUUGCUGGACAGCAAUAGACAGACCACCAUCUAUCCGCUUUGUCUAUAAUCUCGGAAUAGCGAUGAACCCACUUCUCUGGGAGAAGCUUCCACAGAGCAUCUACUCUCAUUACCGGAUUGCAUCGACAUCAAUCCACGCGGGUUACCCGUUGGAUAAUUGUCACAGAACAACCCUAAAUAAAACACCAGCCUCCGCAACCGUUCAAUUAUGUGGAGAUAUUUUUCUUUAUUUGACUUCCACUCUAGAUGGAACUUAUAUAUCCGGUAUCUGUAUAGGAGACAGACUUUACGGAUAUCGGAGCAACUGGUCCCUCAGGCGCGCAAUAUCUUCUCCUGUGGCUGCAAUCGCCUUUACCCUUGGCCUAUACAGACUACGGCAGAUCGAUUUCUUAUCAAAGGCCAUAGCAAGCAUCACCAAGAGCUCAAAAGCUAAGAGCCAGGAAGUUCUUGGUGUUAUCUAUCCUCAGUCAGCACAAUCACCUUGGAUAGAACUAGAGUGGGAUGUAAUGAAAAUCUCCCACUUUAAGUGGGUUCCCGAACAUGGCAAUGAGCAAGAUUUCGGACAUGACUUUCUUUGGAGCUCAUUCUACAACUGGCCACGAAGUUGCGACUUUACUUCCCGAAAUCAAAGAUUCAUGGCUUAUAUCCCAUUACACAGGGGAUGGGUACUCUUUGCGUGGACUUGCUGCCUUUUGUUCCAGCAGAGGCUUCGUCGGCUUGGGAAUACAUUUCAACGCCUGCUCAGAUAUCAAUCAUACAGUGUCUUGAUUACAACGAACAAGGGACGAAGACUUACUCUCGGGCCAUAUAUACUGCCUGUGGAAAUUCAGUUUAAGACAUUAUUCAGUGGCAGUGAUGGUGAUGUCUCGGGUCUAUAUUAUGAUAUUUCACCAGGGCUUUCUACCUUCACCAGCUUAGGUGUUAUCUGUCGCCCUGGAGUAUCCUCUUUGACGCCAGCACACCAUGAUAUGAUGCCGUGCAUGCCAUAUAAUUUCGAUCAUUUAGACCUUCUAGAUGCUUCCCCCUGGAGCAGCUUCGUCUCGCGAGCUCCUUUGACGAAUGCCAAAAGGCUGGAAGUCUGCUAUUUAGGACCUCGUUUUACAGGUAUGCUAUUGAUAUACAACGAUGAUGGUGGUAUUAGCACUUUGGGGCAGUGGUAUGAAAACACGUCGCUUCAAGCUGAUAUAUUUGAACUGGACUAUCGGCCUGAUCAUGAUUUGAGGUUUUCUCUUGUGCAGACGGGGAGAUGUCAGUAUAACAUACCUUGCUGGACAAAGCUAAAAACCUAG